UUGUCCCUCACAAACACUUAUAUUUGUGGAGUGACCAUCACGCUAAGAGGGGCGCAAUACUAAUUCAAUAUAUUUAAGUGGUGAGAUGGCAGCACAAGUUGAAAAUAGCCAAAUGGAGCAUGAUAAAAGGAGCCACGUACAAAUUUUCCGGUAAUUUCAAGACGUAUCGUGCUGCAACCAUUACCGCCAAGUGCGUACCUUCGACCUUUGUUAGGCAAAAAAAAAAAAAAAAAUGGCGAGCUCUCAAUCUCUGCAACGAGGCCUCAAUCUCGGUCGUGCUCAUCGAUCGGUUUUCUUAUCGACUACGAGAUAUUUCUCUUCGGCUUCGGACGCCUUGGUGGAGGUCAAGCCCGGUGAGGUCGGCACAAUUUCUGGAGUACCUGAAGAACACCUUCGAAGAAGGGUCAUAAUUUACUCACCCGGCCGAACUGCUACACAACAAGGCUCUGGGAAAGUUGGGCGUUGGAAAAUUAAUUUUAUGUCUACUCAGAAGUGGGAAAAUCCAUUGAUGGGUUGGACAUCCACAGGGGACCCGUAUGCCAAUGUGGGUGAGGGAGGAUUAAGUUUUGAUAGUGAAGAAGCUGCAAAAGCAUUUGCUGAGAAAUAUGGUUGGGAAUACGUGGUCAAGAAGCGUCAUACGCCUAUUUUAAAGCCAAAGUCAUACGCUGACAACUAUAAAUGGAGGGGCCCACCAAAGACCGAAGCUGAUUAAUAUGGAGUUUCCCAAAAUUCUGUUUGG